ACUCUUCCUCUCCGAGAUCCGUAUAAAUGUAAGAUCGAUUACAAACUCGCGAACAGUUUUCAUUGUCCCAGCCGCAGAGUGACACUGUCCUUUUUCUCGCCGCCUCCGCAGUUCUUCGCCACUUUCAUCGUAGAUUGAAAAAUGCAUCCGGCAGGGUCGAGAAUUCUCUCAAGAAUGCCCAAGGAGUUGGGCUUGAAAAGAUUUAUAGGCUCGCAAGAGCUGAUCGAUCGAGACAACAAGUACGGCGGCAGACAUUUCAAGCCCCUUCCGGUGGUCCUUGCGAAAGGGGAGGGCGCACAUUUGUGGGACGUUGACGGGAAGCGUUAUCUGGAUUUUUUGGCAGGAUUCUCGACCGUUAAUCAGGGCCACUGCCAUCCGCGUUUAGUCAAAGUGAUGCGAGAGCAGGCGGGGAACUUGACGCACACUUCCAGAGCAUUUUAUUCGGAGCCUCACGGCGAACUGGGAGAAUAUCUGACGAAGCUUUUAGGCUGGGACAAAUUUUUACCCAUGAAUACCGGCGUCGAAGCCGGUGACACCGCCGUCAAGGUUGCAAGACGUUGGGGAUACAGGAUCAAAAAGAUACCAACGAACCAAGCGACCGUCGUCUUCGCCAACAGCAAUUUCUGGGGGCGUUCGAUUGCGGCACUGUCGGCUUCCACCGAUCCAAAUUGUUACACCGAUUUCGGGCCCUACGUGCCCCGAUUCGACAAAAUACCGUACAACGAUCUCGUCGCACUCGAACAAAAGUUUAAGCAAGACCCAACGGUUUGCGCAUUCAUGAUGGAGCCGAUUCAAGGUGAAGCAGGAGUCGUGAUACCGAGCGAUGGUUACCUGAAAGGGGUACGAGACCUGUGCACCAAAUACAACGUUCUGUGGAUCGCCGACGAGGUUCAGACUGGUUUAUGCAGAACGGGAAAACGGCUGGCCGUGGACCACGAGAAUCAAAGACCGGACAUUCUGGUUUUAGGAAAGGCACUGUCCGGAGGAUUUUAUCCCGUUUCCGGAAUUUUGGCGGACGAACAGAUAAUAAAUUGCCUGGAAACCGGAUCGCAUGGUAGCACUUUCGGCGGCAGUCCGCUCGGAAACAAAGUUGCUUUGGAGGCGGUGAGAGUCUUGGAGGAAGAGAAUCUCGCCGAAAACGCGAGGAAACUCGGCGAGAUUGUCCGACAGGAGCUACAGAAAUUGCCAAAAGACGUAGCGACGGAAUUUCGCGGACGUGGAUUGCUGGCAGGACUGGUGAUCAAGAAAGAAUUCGCCGAGGGUUGGGAUAUCUGUUUAAAACUGAAGGAAGCAGGACUGUUGACCAGGCCGACGCACGGACAAAUAAUAAGGAUAUCCCCGCCGCUCGUCAUCACGGAAGAACAACUCAGGGAAGGGUUGCGUAUCUUGACCACAGUGCUCGACAACUACAGAUGAAUGCAACAUUAGCGGAAAUCGCAGAGAGAAAACGAUAGAGGACUACGCAGACCGGCUAUAUACAUAUACAUAUAAAUAUACAUAUGUACACGUGAAAUAUAAAUUUAAUAAUAAAUACAAAAAUUUUA